AUGUCACUUCACAGUGUCAUAGUCUGUAUUUCUGCUGACUGGGAAUGCCCAAGUGACCCACCACAAUGCCCAAGUGGCACACCACAAUGCCCAAGUGACCCACCACAAUGCCCAAGUGACCCACAGCAUUGCCCAAGUGACCCAAGGCAUUGCCCAAGUGGCACACCACAAUGCCCAAGUGACCCACCACAAUGCCCAAGUGACUCACCGCAUUGCCCAAGUGACCCACCACAUUGCCUAAGUGACCCACCACACUGCCCAAUUUACCCACCACACUGCCCAAGUGACCCACCACAAUGCCCAAGUGACCCACCACAAUGCCCAAGUGACCCACCACAUUACCCAAGUGACCCACCACAAUGCCCAAGUGACCCACCGCAAUGCCCAAGUGGCACACAAGAAUGCCACUGGUCACUUGAGACUAUGAAGGGUCAUUAUUAA